CUUCUUCAUAUAAAUCUUCCAUUGCAGUUUAUCCAAUAAAAGAAAGACUUCCAUUGCAAACAAUUUUGCCGACAGCCUAGCUUCCUUCUCUACUCUACGCACUUGACUGACGACAAUGCCGAGAAAGAGCUCGAAUGCCGGACGGAAGGUGUGGAGCCUGCUGCGGGUCAUACUGUUCUGGGCCCGGAAGGGCGGGGUCUUCAGGAGGCGGCUCAUGGUGGAGCUCCAGCUCGUGCCUAAGUUCCUGAAGAACAUCGGACACAUCAACAGCCGUCGGAGGAAUGACCAGAUCGGUUACAUAAGGGAGUAUGAGCUCUCUUUUGAUAAGACUCCCGUGGUCCACGUUCAGAUGCACCGGCCCCACUCUAUGCGGUUCCUCGUGCCCCGCAUCCCCUGCAUUAAUCCUCAAAUUGAAUUCGAUUAUGAUUUUGAUGAAGAGGGCGGCGCUGAUGUUGCUUAUGGGUGUGAAUCAUGCGAUAGUGUGAGGAAAAGCUUCAUUGAAGAUGGAGGGUUUGAUUAUGAGGAGAACGAUGAAGGCGAAGAUAUUGACCUCAGAGCCGAGGAGUUCAUUGCCAAGUUCUACGAGCAGAUGAAGCUUCAAAGGCAGAUCUCAUACUUGCAAUACAAUCAAUGAGAAUUGUCACUGAUCAUCCAAAUCCCGGAAAAUGCAUUGUGCUAGCUCAUCAUACGUACAUUCAUGUUCGGGUCCUGGCCUGUCGAUACUUUUAACUCUUUCGGUGAUAUAGUUUUGUAGACAUUGUUUCUUUGCGGUACUAUAUUGUAUAUACUGAGAAUUCAUCAUAUUGAGUUCAAAGUGUUCUUAUAUAAUUUGACGAUGAUUUUGAUAUGGAUGCAAUUCAGUUAUCACCUGCUCCUUAAGAAACUA